AUGUCUCUCAAGCCCGCCCCACGACCUGGCCUGCACAUGGCCUCUCCCUUUCCCGCGUCCAGCUCCACGCCGGGAACGGGGCGCAUCGUCGUCGGCAUCUCGCCCAAUGGCGAGCCCAGUGUCGAGAUCCUGUCCUACCAGUACCCGCUCAAGCUCCUCUCGCCUUCGUCAGGAGGCGGCGGCAGCAGCGACAGCCCGAAAAGGAAGAGUGCGCUCGUUUUCCUGCUGUCGUACGGCGGCGGCCUCGUGGCUGGGGACCAGGUCAACCUGGCCGUCGAGAUGCGACCGCAUGCGCGCCUGAGCCUCGUGACCCAGGGCACAACCAAGGUAUUCAAGGCGCCGCCCGUGCAGCCGUCCGGCUCGAUGGCAGAUCUGGUGGUCACCCGCCAGAACCUGGAGAUGCGCGUGGCCGCUGGAGCGGCACUCUGCCUGCUCCCGGACCCCGUGCAGCCGUUUGCCGACAGCGUGUAUGAGCAGCUGCAGGUGGUGCGGCUGGCUGCCGGCAGUCGUGACGGCACAGAAGCGGCCUCGUUGUGUCUGCUCGACUGGGUCACCCAGGGUCGUGCGGCUCGUGGCGAGAACUGGUCUUUCACCCGGUGGCAGGGCCGAAACGAGAUUUGGGUGGAAGAGCAGCUUGACGAUGCGAGCAUCUCCAAGUCCCGCCUUCUCGUUCGCGAUGCCGUCAUUCUAGUGCCAGAGAUGAUAGAUGGCGGCCUGUCCGCUCUGGCACCGGCUUCGGAUUAUGCUUUCCCUCGGUCGACCGUUCUCCGCGACUCUAUGCAUGGUCUUGCCGUUGUCGGCACGCUCAUUCUGCGUGGGCCCCUGGUUGAGGCCCUCGGCCGCUUCUUCCUCGCCGAGUUUGCGGCGCAGCCCCGCCUCGGUGCUCGCGACUUUCACGAGUCUUCCGGGCCAGGACCGGCUCUGGAGCCCGCCGUCUGGCGGGCUAGCCGCCUGCAGCUAGAACUGACCCACGGCGUGCUGUGGUCGGCAGCGGCCGUGCGCAGCUGCGUGGUCGUCAAGUUUGGCGCCCGCUCCGUCGAGGGCGGCCGGCUCUGGAUCGGCGGCAUGCUGCAACGAGAGGGCAGUGUGGCCGCCGUCUUCGGCGACCAGGCGCUCAUGUGCGUGCGGUGA